AUUCUGUUUUGAUAAGCAAUAACAGUAUAUUGCCGGUUCAUUAUGCAGUAUUAGUUAUGCAGUACAUUUUGAGGACAUAAAUGUGACAUAUUUUCAACAGUCUUCGCAAACAGUAUUAAAAUCACUAACAGUUUAAAUCACGGCACUCUUGAUGCGCAGUGUUAUCAACAGCCGACAGGUGGAGCUCUGGAGCAUUAAGACAAGAUGAGGAGGAUGAGGAUAUGCACAUACACAUACACACACACAUCCACACAGAGGGUACAUUCACCUAAACCUGCUCUCAUCCCACUUCUUAUUAUUACCGGCCGACUGACUGACUGAACCGCUCCCCGCGGAGGAUCAUUAUCAUGAACCGUUCGCCGGACAGCAGGACUUGAGACCUUCGGUCUAUUUCUUUCAAUCUCCUCUCACGACGUAACGAUGUUGUGGAAGACGGGACUGAUUUUUCUAUGCUGGGGCUUGACGUCCGGUGAACUCCAGGAGCGACAGUCCGGUGCUCCUCCGGGUCCAGCGAGGACAACUUUGAAUUUCGGCUUCGUUCCCGCUGGAGUUUACGAAACUGUCGCUUAUUACGAGCCGGGAGCCAUUGGGAUUUUAUUUAACAUGAUGCACGCGUUCCUCUUCGUGGUUCAGCCUAACCCGUUUCCUGAAGAUCUCGUCAUUAAAGUGGCAAAGGAUAAAUUCGAGGCAAUACAAUCUGAGUACCAGAAGCCAGAAAACAUUGUUCUGACUCUACAGGUGAUUUAUUAUGAUAUUGGUUUUGUCGUUUGUGCCGCUCUCGGGCUCCUAUUCACCGUACUGCUGCCGCUGGUUGGGCUUUUCUUCUGCUUGUGCCGCUGCUGUGACAACUGUGGAGGUGAGAUGCACCAGAGACAGAGAAAAAACGCAGACUGCCUUAGAGGACUCCUGACCACGCUAUUACUAACUACCACCUUCAUUAUCACGGCAGGGGUGCUUUGUGCAUAUGCAGCCAAUCAGAACCUGAGUUCUCAGCUGAAGAGUAUGAGGCGACUGGUGAAAAAUAAUUUAAAAGACCUGCACACCUUUGCCAAUCAGACACCAUCUCAAAUUGAUUACCUGAUCUCUCAGUACGGCACUGUGAAGAACCAUGUGAUCUAUGACCUGGAGAAUGUAGGUUUGCUCUUGGGUGGGCGGAUACAAGAAGAGCUGGGAAAAGAUGUGCAGCCUGCGCUUGAUACCGCUCUCAGCAUGUAUGCAACAAUGCGAGAAACUAAGGAUGCGCUUGAAAAUGUGAGUUUGACCUUGGAGACUUUGCAGGAUGGAACGGGCAAACUGCAGGCUAACCUGAGUGCGGUGCGUGGCAGCCUUGGCAAUGCCCUUAACGAUCCCGUCUGCGCAGAUAUACGCUCACCCGCAGCCACCGUAUGCCGCAACAUACGCAGCACCCUUCCCAGGCUAGAUAUUGCAGCCAACUACUCAUCGUUGCCUAAUGUAACCGACCAGUUAGACAAAGUGAAUGAAGUUCUGAAGACAGAUCUCAGACGCAUUGUCGAAAAGGGAUUUACAUCAUUCAAUGACACUCCCACUAUGGUAAUGGAGCAAACCCGAAAUGUUGUUGAAGGGGUGAGAGGUCUACUAAAUGACAUUGGUUCUAACAUCACCAAUUUCACCAAGCUCUUCCCAGUUAACAGCACUCUGACCAACUUUACCAAAAUGAUAACACACACACACUCACAGAUAGAGGACAUCUACCCACAGAUCGAUCAGAUGGAUUUCUACAGGUGGAUCUGUUGCAUCACUCUUUGCUGCAUGGUGGUGCUCAUCCUGGCCUUUAAUUUUUUGGGUCUGUUGUGCGGCAUCCUGGGAUUUGACAGGCACACAUCGCCUACCACCCGCGGCUGCGUGUCCAACACAGGAGGAAACCUGCUCAUGGCUGGUGUGGGAUUCAGCUUCAUGUUCUCCUGGGUGCUCAUGGGAGUGAUAACAGCUCUGUUCUUGGCUGGUGGCAAUCUGGAGAAGCUCGUGUGUGAACCCUUUCAAACCCGACAGCUGUUUAAGGUGCUGGAUACUCCUUACCUCAUUCAGUCUUCUAUGAAAAACUUCAUACCAGGAUAUCUGUUCAAUGACCCCAAUAUGGAUCUUACAGUGGAUUCUCUCUACAGUAACUGUAAGGACAACAGAGGGAUUUACAAAGCUCUUAACCUGGAAAAGAUCUUCAAUAUCUCAGCAUUCUUUAACACCAGUAUUUACUCCAAAGACGUUUCGAGGAAGUUUGAAGAGAUGAAGGUGGACUUGCGUGGCAUCGUUCUCCUGGAGACUGAAGGCAAACAGAAUCUCAUCAACUUCACAGAAACUGACAUUAAUAAGAUCAAAUUUGCCGCCUAUUUGGAGGAGCUUAAAAAAGGAGUGACCAGCAUAGAUCUGCUAAGUUUUGCCGGUGAACUCGACACUCAAGCUGAUCAAUUGGUUAAAGGGACCUUACAGACUGCAUUAAAGGGUCAUGCUAAUACUGUGAGACAGAUCUACAACCAGCAGGUCAUCCCACUGGAGAAGUCUAUGAAAUAUGUGAAGGCAAGGAGCACGCUUAACCAAAGCAUCAGAUUCCUAGAAAGAACUGCAUCAGAUCUGCCUGUGAGAGUUACAGAGGUUUUAGCAGCCGUUGAUGCUGCCCAGUUUCUGAUUUCCCGCAAUGCAACUUUGGUGGUCAAUCAGGAAACAGAGAAAUACAAGCAGACUAUCAUUGGCUAUUUCAAACAGUAUAUGGACUGGAUUAGGACAUCUCUGUCCAUGGAGGUAGCUACCUGUAAACCGUUCAGCAACAUUGUGGACACAGUUGAGAUCCUGGGCUGCAGUUUCCUGCUGGAUUCAAUGAACACAUUCUGGUUUGGACUGGGCUGUUCCACACUGUUUUUGCUCCCUAGCAUUAUCCUCUCGGUGAAGCUUUCCAAGUUUUACCGUAGAAUGGACACAGAGGAUGUUUAUGACGAAUCCUCUGUCUCGGGGACUUGGCAUUUCACAUUAUGAUAACCAUUCUUGCUAUUUCCUCCUUUCUCCAUUCUUUAUGUCCUUCUUUUAAGCACUUUGCACUUUAUAAAAAAAGAUAUGUACAGUAUAUUAUACGGUGUUUUGCUUAUAGCAUUUUUCAAACUUUCAUGUGUUUACAAUCUGGAGUCAUUCCGAUUGAUAAAUCACCAAGUGUCUUGACUUGAGAAUUCAUCUUGACAUCUGUGUGAUGUCUCUAUAUCACUGCGGUGCAUCUCUGUAACAUAUUUGCUUGUCUUGUAUCUUUUUAGCAUUGAGACAAUUCCUAUGAAAACGUAAGCUCUUUUCCUGUUACACUUUUGCUGUCCACUCCACCGCUAUUUGAAAAAACCGUUUCGUGUUUUGUACGUAAAUCUUUCUGCCUAAUGGUGCUGAAUUAAGCUACAUGCCUUGUAAUGCUUCCCUGGUGAUGGGCAUUGCUUGUGUUAUUGUGUUAACCUUCAAAAGCUCCCUUGUUUUACACAAAGGGCUGAUAAAACAGAAACCUUAACUACAUUUUCUAUUUAACUGUUUCGUACUUUUCAAAAGCACAUAUUGAAAAUGAGGCUUGUUCCCGAUGGUUGCAUGUCAUUUUGUGUCAUGUCACAUCAUGUUUUGUUUAUGAUUUUUUUCUGUGUAAUGUUUUUAUUUCAGUAGGGAAAUUGGUAAUAAUGGUUAUUAUAAUGAACAGUUAGAAGGUGUCCAAAACCCUGUAAUGACAAGGUAAACCAUAUACACCUCGCGUGGGUUACAUCAAUCUAUUGCAUGCAUUGGGGGAAAAGGAUUGAUUGAGGUGAUUAGUAAUGAUAAUGAGAUAUCAGAGGUCUGAUGCAUGCUUGGUUUGAAGUUGCCCUUCAUACAAACAAGCACCUGGGAGUCAGCUUUUCUUGUUUCCUCUUUGUUGCUGGCAUUAGCAUGAUGACUAAUGUAAAGGUGAAGUGUGUCAUUUCUAUAUGUUGCACUAACAAAAUUUAGGAUAGCCCCACCCAUAAGCAGACACCUUCAAUUUUAAGCUCAGUUGGGCCACUCAAAUAGAUUCAAUUUUAUUUGUUGUUUGGUGCAUAAAUUACACACUUCAUAUUUAAUAGAGAAAAUAAAUUAUAUCUGCUUUCCAUACACAUGUGCAUGCCACUUAAAGGGUUAGUUCACCCAAAAAUGAAAAUAAGGUAAUUAAUGACUCACCCUCAUCUCGUUCAAAACUCGU